AUGGCACUGUUUAUACUUUUAAUUUGUACAGUGUUGUUAAAUGUUGACGCCAAUUGGCAGUCUGAAUAUGGUCCAUUUAAAAACCUGCUGUAUUCUAGUUGGAUCACGUGUGAUCACAGCAAAGAUGCAAAUUUAGACGUCAGCGAGACCGAGGUGUAUUUUUACGACUUUACAAAUGAUUACAAUAUAAGCUACAAGAUAAACAACGCAUUCGACGCUAUUACAAACUUUUAUAACUUGGACACGACUAGGGAGAUCAAAUUCUUUGUGCCCGGAUACAAAUCCCAUAUCAGCCGAAACGCACCCGAACUUAUACGGCAGGCUUUCAAAGAAAUACCGAACAUAUACCUCAUAAUAAUAGACCACUCUAUCUACACUUCAUCUCGAGGGGGAAACCGGAAAAGUUACGAGCGAUCGGUACACUACGCGUAUUAUAUAGGUAAACAAAUCGGUAGAAUAUUAUCUGACUUCCGGAGACUCGGAUUCCCCUCUCAAAGCAUACAUUGUAUCGGACAUAGCCUCGGCUGCCAUAUUCUAGGAUACGCGGGAUCAUUUUACUUCGAAUACACCUCUGAAAGGUUCCGAAGAAUCACUGGUAUUGAUCCAGCUGGACCGUGUUUUUCUAACAGCUUAAUUGAGGAACAGCUGCACUCUGGAGCAGCUGAUUAUGUUGAAGUGUUUCAUUGCAAUGCUGGUGGUUUAGGUACGACCAGUGUUCUCGCAGAUGUGGAUUUCUUCUUAAACGACGGUAGGGUUCAGCCUCAUUGUAACGUGGGUAUCAUCCCUGGGUACGGAGAAUCUGAUGCUGCAAGGUGUAGUCACAAGGCGUGUGUUGGUUAUUGGACAUAUACAGUUACCCACCCCGGUAGCUUUUUGGCGUGGGCUUGUGAUUCGUAUAAGGAAUUUAAAAAUGGAAAGUGUUCUGGAAACGAGGUGGCUAUAGCGGGUUAUUCAAAUCCAGGGAAUACGUCUGGAGUUUUCUACGCUUCAACCGAAACGUAUGGUUUGAUAUAA